AUGGCCAAACGCUCUCGAGUUCCCACCAAUACUGCUGCCGCCGCCGCCGCCGCCAAACGGGCGCGCCUAUCAAGGCCCUCUGUCCUAUCUCAGCGAUCGCUGUCGCCUCAGGAAACCCUUGGCGCCGCCGUAAGCCAGGCCACAACGUUUGAGUCGCAAUUUUUCGAGUCGCAAACAGAGGAGGAGGGUGCGGCUGAGGGCAGCCAGGCUGGUACAGCAGCAACAACAGAGGCUAGUGUUGAUACAGAGCCUGAUAAUGGCGAUAACUUUGACGGCAUUAACUGGGAUCGCCUCCCUCGGUUCAUGAAGCCUCUUACAACUGGGCGGCGCGUCAAGAGUUGGAUCUUUCAACAUGGAUAUCGCGUUGUUGAGCUCUACGAUCAGAAUCGAGUGUGGUUUGUAUGCAAAUACUGCCACAUCCACAAGGUCAUUGACACUGGCGGCAGUGGAGUUUUUGACGUAUCAAAGGCCACCUCCUCAGCUGCAGCCAGUGAUCGGAAUGGUCUGGUCUGGUCUGGUCUGAGGGUACAGACCAGACCAGACCAGGUGCUUACAUAA